AUGAGUAUGUACUUCGCCCACCUGGUUCUCUUCAACGGCGGCCCUACUGGGAUUAUAACCACAUUUCCGGUCUUUUUUCUCGGUGUCCUGAUGCAAACUUUGGUGAUGGCUGAACUAGCAUCAAUGAUACCACUCUCGGCCGGCCAGUUCAACUGGGUUGCUAUUCUUUCCCCACCAGGCAUUUCGAAUUUCCUCUCAUACCUUACCGGUUGGAUUGUUACUAUUGCCUGGCAGGCCGCAUGCGCUGCUCCGACGUUCAUAUGCUCGAACAUGAUUGUCGCACUCGCCAGCUACAGCAAUCCAGAUUACGAUGUGAAGAACUGGCACGCCGCGCUUAUCUUCUAUGCCAUAAUUGCUCUGGCUGUUCUUGUGAACACAUACCUCGGACGCCUCUUCCCCAGCAUAGAGUCUCUGGCUUUCCUGCUUCACGUCGUUGGGUUUUUCAUCGUGUUGAUAGUAGUCGUCUAUCUCGCUCCGAAGACAGAUCCUUCCACGGUAUUUGAUAACUUCAUAAACGGUGGAGGGUUUCCCACAACUGCCCAGUCCGUAUUGGUCUGGACGCAGCCGCUCACAUCGGUAAGUACUCAAGAAGGCAAGAAGCUCUCGAUCGAUGACAGACCGCCUGAACGCGCAGCCGAAGAGAUCGAGAACGCGACACGAGUGAUUCCCAGAGCAAUGAUUAUUACCGUCGUCCUAUAUUUCGUCAUGGGCUAUGGAAUCAUCAUCAUGGUUGUUUUUUGCAUGUCUGUUGAGGAAGUGUUGACGUCUGCGUACACCUUUCCUGUCAUCACCGUCUUCGGGCAGGUGACGAAAUCGCAGAAUGGGACCGUGUUUCUAACGUCUCUAAUAAUCAUCAUGUUCGCGUGCGGAGUCUUCGGGCUGCUUGCGACGGCGUCUCGCAUGCUGUGGGCAUUUGCCAGAGAGGAUGGUGUACCUUUCUCUGCUCAAGUAUCAAAGAUUGAACGUCGUACAUGCCUUCCACUAGUCUCCAUUGGGACCACAACCUUUAUUUCUUUGAUACUUGGACUGAUCGCGCUGGGGUCCGAGGCAACCUUCAACGCUUUAAGCGGGCUUACGGUGGCGGGAUUCUACUCAGCCUUCAUCAUCUCAGCGACAGUGUGGCUGUGGCGCCGAGUGACUACACCAGCGGAAAAUCUACCAUGGGGCCCAUUUCGAUUAGGAAAACUCGGCGUGCCGACCAUUCUUGCUGCCUUGGUGUAUAGCUGGGUGGGGUUGAUCUUCGCGUUUUGGCCUCCAAUCGCAGCGGUUACCGUGGAGACCUUCAACUGGUCGCUGGUCGUGUAUCUGGGUGUCAUCUUUCUGGCUAUAGGGUGGUGGUUUCUGCGCGCACGGAAAACGUACACGGGGCCAAAAACGGAGAUCUCCAGUCAGCAGUGGAUGAAGCUCUUCGAGCGGACGGCGAGAGUGAACUGA